AAAGUAUCGAUAAUCUGUCAUUAUAAAACAUCGAUCACUUCGUUGAUUAAAGUGGUGAUGUAUAGAUCUUAAACAACAGACUGUGUAAGGAUUACACCUAAACAUAACUAGCUGAAGGACUAUUGGUCGCUUAUCAAUCAAAAGGCGAAAUUAUCUUUAACGGAUAAACAUUGUUGAAACAGUCACCAAUUAUAGAAAUAUGGUUGAUAAACUAAGACACUUCAUUGUAAAUUUAAUCUGUAUUUACAGUUUACCCGGGAAAAUGCACCCGUUUAUCGAAAUUUUCUGAUAGCAGAAAUGAUACUAGUGUGUCAAUCAAAUUUUGUCAUUCAUUGUGGGAAAGAAGAUAAUUCAUCUUUCAGAACCAUAUCAUUAUGGCAAAGAGAAAUUACGAAAAGUUAAAAUGUGUCACAUUAUUAAUGAUGUUAGUUUAUUGUGCAAGUGCUGGUACUAAUUGUGAAAAUGAAUGUCCAAAAUUUUGUCAUUGCUCCGGUUUGUGUAAUUCAAGAAGAGUUGAUUGUUCAGGAAAAAACCUGACAGCGGUACCGGAUGGCAUUCCAGAUGAUGUCGUAAAUUUAGACCUUAGUAUGAACAACAUGACUAGCUUUCCUGACAACGCCUUUUUAAAGUUCAGAAAGUUAGAAGAAUUGCGACUUGCAGGGAACAAAUUAACAGACAUUCCACCUAAAGCUUUUCAGGAUCUUUACUUCUUAAAAGUUAUAAACCUUCAACAUAAUUCAUUCACAAAAGUUCCCGCCUAUACAUUUCAAAACCUGUCAUAUCUUAGAGAACUAGAUCUUGAUGCCAAUUAUAUAGAAGAUGUACCAGACGAAGCUUUUAAGCGUUGUAGGAGUUUACAGUUGCUUCAAUUGGAUGCAAACCAAUUGACCAAAGUCCCAACAAAGGCCCUACAGUAUCUAAAAUCUCUUCAUGCUUUAGACCUCUCAGUGAAUAAAUUGACGAACAUUCCAGAUUAUGCAUUCAGAAACUUAACCAAUUUGAUUGAAUUAAUACUUCACGAGAACAAAAUAGAAGAAAUCAGUGACCACGCAUUUGAAGGAUUGACUUCCUUAUCGCGAUUAGAACUGCCAAUGAAUAACCUGCGCAAAAUACCAGCUGCCUUUAUAUCUCUUAAAGAUUUAGAAAAAUUGUCAUUAGAGGAUAACAGAAUAGAUUUUAUACCGGAUAAUAGUUUUGCUGGAAAUAAGAAAUUGGAAAUUCUUAAAUUGCGAAGAAAUCCUAUCAGAUCGUUCGGAACUAAAGCUUUUAAAGAACUUCCGAAUUUAAAGGAAUUGAUUAUUUCGGAAGCCAGAGAUAUGACAGAGUUUCCCGAUUUAUCUGGAAGUGUUAGUUUAAGAGAAUUACAGUUCGACAGAAGCAGCAUAUCGAAAAUUCCUGAUAAUUUUUGUGACAUGGUGCCUGAAAUUCAAAGGCUCGAUCUACAUACCAACAAGUUAUCAGAGUUGCCUGUUUUAAGUGGGUGUUUGAAUCUUAAAUUGUUAAAUAUUGGAGAAAAUGAAAUAAAGUCACUCCAGGGCAGACUCUUUGUGAAUAAUUCAAACCUACGAGACUUAAUAUUAUCACAUAAUUGCAUUGCAUCUAUUGGAGAAAAUUCCUUUGUUGGUUUGGCUAAUUUACAAUACUUAGAUUUAUCACAUAACGAGAUUGCAUAUAUACACGACAAAGCUUUCUCUCCACUGGAAAACCUGGAUGACUUAAAUCUAUCUGAAAACAAGUUUCCAAGUUUACCAAUGGAUGGAUUGCAAAACCUUCAACAGUUAAAGACAUUCCAUAAUCAAGAACUCCGAGAUCCAAUCCCUGCAAAAGAAUUACCAAAGAUUAAAACGCUCGUGUUGUCCUAUGCUUACCAUUGUUGUGAUUUCCUGAACCCGGCGGCUAAUGGUGAAUUAAAAUUAGAAGAGCAUACUAACUGGUUAUUCCCAAAUACAUCUGAACCUCGGAUUGGCAACGGAACAAAUUUAAAUCAUCCAUAUGGCGAACAGUAUGUUUUCCCAUUUAAUCAUUACCAUUAUAAACAGAUUGAGUACUUCGCAGCACCGGCCGAUAAGGACUUCACAUUCCCCGAUACUCCAGAUGUACAAUAUCCAGAGGAAGAAAUAUCUGUUAAAUCACCAAUUCAAUGUGAACCUCUACCAGGACCUUUUCUUCCCUGUAAUGACUUAUUUGGUUGGUGGACCCUUCGAUGUGGUAUCUGGAUCGUAUUUAUGCUGUCUAUAUUUGGGAACGGCACUGUUUUAUUUGUUUCAAUAAGUGGCAGAUCAACAAUGAAUGUUCCUAGAUUUCUCAUAUGUAAUUUAGCAUUGGCAGACUUCUGCAUGGGUGUCUAUCUUGGAAUUUUGGCUGUAGUAGAUGCUUCAACAUUGGGAGAAUUCAAGAAUUAUGCAAUAGAUUGGCAGACAAGUCCUGGUUGUUUAGUUGCAGGUUUUCUUGGCAUUGUAUCCAGUGAACUUAGUGUUUUCACUCUAAUGAUCAUAACAGUAGAGCGACAUUAUGCUAUAGCAAAUGCUAUGCAAUUUAAUAAACGACUGUCACUGAGAAAAGCGGGUAUUAUUAUGACAGUUGGAUGGUUAUUCUGUGGUGGUCUUGCCAGCUUGCCUCUGUUUGACAUCAGUAACUACCGAAAAUUUGCAAUCUGUCUUCCAUUCGAUAUAAAUGACAAAGCGUCUUUAGGAUUUGUUUGUUUCAUUAUGCUGUUUAAUGCUACAUCCUUCAUUGUCAUUGGUGGAUGUUAUGUCAGAAUGUACGUGUAUAUAUUGAAGUCUCAAGCAUGGAAUUCGAAAGACUUCCGGGUAGCAAAACGAAUGGCUGUUUUAGUUGUCACCGACUUUCUUUGUUGGGCACCGAUCAUAUUCUUUUCUGUUUCUGCUGCGUUUGGAUCACCAUUGGUAGGACUCAAUGAAGCAAAAGUACUUACCAUUUUCGUCUUACCUUUGAAUAGUUGUGCAAACCCCUUUCUUUAUGCAAUAUUUACAAAACAAUUUAAACGUGACUGUGUGAAGUUGUGUAAAAGAAUAGAAGAAUCGUCAAUUUCAAGAAGCUUUUCAAAUUUCAAUAGCCUACGUCUUUCAUUCGGUAUAAAUGCGUCUUGUCGUAAUUCCGAAUUGCAUAGUCCAUUCCAUGAAAAACGAGGAAGCAGUCGAAGUAAUUCUGAUAGUUUUGCCAGUAGCUCUGUAGGGAUCCCGAACCAAAACGGAGAAAUAGAUAAUAUAAAUGGUCAAAAAUCGUAUACAAUAUCAGAUAGAGUCUUUCAAAAUCUGGAGUUAAAACAUGGAAUCGAUAGAAACAAACGUAAACCACUCCUUCAUGCAAAUAAUAAUUCACAAUUUUCACCGGACAAGGAAUGUGCAUGUCAGAGAUGUAAGAAACAAAAUACAAUUUCUGUUGGGUCCGGAGCAACAGAUACUGAAAUUGUCAUUCAUUUAGAUAGAAACGGGGAAAAGGUUAUUCCGAAUGACGGGCCACAACAGUUGAAUGGAACAAACCCGAAUGAUGUUGCACUAAAUGAUGACAGUGAUAACGAGACGUCAAAGUCAGACGAUAAAUUAUUGUCUAAAAUCACAGAUGAAUUAUGCACUGAAUGUGGGAAUAACAGGAAUUCCAUUCAUUGUAAACAUUAUUGUCAAAUUGAUAGAAAACUUAAAGAUACAUCUGUACGACCUAAAUCUAAUAUAGCUAUGGUAGGAAAAAUGCAGCAUACAAAAUCUGCACCUUUUGUCCCGUGUCGUUCAAAUGAAAACAUCUUAAAACUUUCACAGCUUUCAGCUAAUAAAGACAAAACAUCACACAUAAAUGAGUGGAGGAAGUCGUCGCAUUUAUCAUUCCUGUGGAGAAAUUCAUUAGAUCUAGAUACCGGUAUGCCAAAAUACAAAUCAAACAGUUUGGUUGAACUUGCCAGAUUACCAAAAACAUUUGAUAGGUCACCUUCGAAAAGACGUAGUCUUUCCUCGAGACAUGAAGGCUAUCUUUUAUUCAAAAACUUAAAGAGAGAUUCAGCGUAUGAAAAUGAGGAAGAAAUGUUUGAAUAUGAAGAAAAUCUGAAAGAUUUCCCCGUACAGUUUUCACAGAAUAAAUACUCAAAUUGUGAUUCGGAAUAUUCACAAAUUGCCUUGGAAGAAGAAACUGAUCACGAUAUUCAACACUCUGAAGUGCCUAAAGUUCAGGAGGCAUACAGAAACAAAACAGACCUUUCGAACAGUAAUGAUGAUGAUGAUGUUGAUGAAACACAAAUGUUAUUAACUGAGUCAAAUGUGACGAACAAUACACUUAAACGAGACGUGUGUGAUAAGGAAAGUGGAUUUAGUUCAGACAGCCAACUUCUCAAAUGUUAACUUGUCUCAUGGGUUUAUUUCACAGAACGCUCAAUUUUAACUUGUUUUCUAAAUACAUUGAAUGUAUAUAUAAUUACCAAUAUUAACAUAUAUUUUUGUUUUCGUUUAAA